UCUCUAGGUCAAACAGGAUGAACGGAAUCUGUGUGGCACUGAUGCUGGGGCUCGUGGCCUCGGCCGCGGCGUACCCGUAUCCCUCGAAGCAGCUGCGAAUCCGGCAGGUCGUGGUCCGCUCAGCGGAAUCAGCCCCCGAGCCGGAAGUUCACGAUCCGCCGAGCCGGUUUCCACCGUACACUUUUGGUAAGCAGGUCGUUGCGCCGGAAGAGCCGGAAGCUCCGGCCGAGAUUGUCGAAGUGCCCGAUCUGGAGGAACACAAGGCCGAAGAGGUGAAGGAGAAGGUUGAGGAGCCGUUCAUCAUCAAGCCGGAAUCGAACUCGGACGAUGAAGCGGUUGAAGUUGAGGGUGCCGAUGAGGAAAAGAAGGAAGAAGAGCAGAAGAAGGAGGAAGAGAAGCACGAAGAGGAAGAAAAGGAAAAGGAAGAGUACAAAGAGGAGAAAGAAGAAAAAGACGAGUACGUGAAGGCGCCAAAAUCGAAGGAAGAGGAACAUGAAGCUUACGGUGAAGACGAGGAAAAGAAGGAAGAAGAGGACAGUUCAAGCUCGUCGUCGGAGGAGGAGAAGGGAAAAUCUGGGGAGUAUGAGGUUAAGCCUGAUGCGGAAAAGGAUGCUGAAAUUGACCCGCUGGUGCAGGCCGCCCAUUACGACGAAGAAUCGGACGGAAAGGCGGAACAGGUGCCGAAGGCUGCCCCAGCUCCGAAGCCGGCUUGCGGUAACGAUAAGGAGCUCAGGCAGCGCGUUGAAGCGAUCAUUGCCGAGCUACACGAGAUUAAGGAGCUGUGCUGCAAGCUCGAGGAGAUUGAGUCCAAGGAAGAGAAAGCUUAAUGAAAA